AUAAGCAUAAAUAUGAUGUUUAUCAAAUUAAGACUAAUAAAGGCGUAUUACCAUCUCCAUGAAGAUAAAUCUUUGAUAUUUUUAUUCACCCAUAUAAACUUAACCGAUUUUAGUCGUUACUGCCUUUCCCGCAAAAAUUGUCAUAUCUAGCGUAAAAGAGAGAGGUUACAGAUUAUUUAAUUCGAUCGCCUUCAAAUCCGCCUGAAUAAUUUGUGUAAAGUUGGGAAUGAGUUGCUUUUUUUUCUCUGGAUACUCAUUGAGUUUAUAUGGAUGAUCUAUUGUUGCAGCCUUCGUUGAUUUUAUGGGACUGUUUUGAAGCUGGAUAAACAAGCUGUAGUCUAUGUUCUAUCCUAAUGAUAAUAUUUUAUGAGUGCUUACGUGCAAAAAAUGUUAUGCUAAUUUUCUUCUCAUGAAAAUCUUGAAACUUGGUUUUGGUGCAAAUAUCGUUUUUGUUUUCCAUGGGAUUGAAGUUAUUGUCAAUUUCGGCGGGAUGCACCAUUUUAAACCUUGUAGGCCUACAUUAUUGGAAGCAAAUGUCACUUGAGAAUUAUAAACCAGACGGUUUGAUUGUUGAAGAUCUUAUUAAUUCCGAUAGAGCAAGCCAUUCCUUGGAGCUGCUUUUGAGUUUAUUCUCUACUCCUGCAUUGGUGGCCAGUUUUGCACUUAAUGUAUUUAUUUUUAUAAUUUUAUGUCUCAAGAUGAUAUUCUUUUCAGAGUUGUACUCCUCUGAAAUUCGAAAAUUAUUAGAACGCCUCAUUAACUACAUCAUCUACAAGGGAAUAUUUCUUCCGUUAGUGGUUCCGCCAACAAUAUUUCAAAUAGGCUUGUGGUCAACUUGGUUGGGUGUGGUUUGUUUCUUAAAGAUGUUUCAAGCUCUAGCUAGGGAUCGACUUGAGCGUUUGAAUGCUUCUCCUUCUGCAACUCCAUGGACAUACUUCCGUGCAUAUUCUGCACUGUUGCUGGUUUUCUCUGUUGACUUGCUUUGGAUGUGGCUAUGUUUUACCAUAUACAGUGCAACAAGUUUAUCAGUGUCUUUGUUGUUAUUUUUUGAGCCUUCUAGCAUUGCUUUCGAGACACUACAGGCCAUGGUGGUUCAUGGAUUUCAGUUGCUCGAGAUAUGGGUGCAUCACUCUGCAGGAGAUAUUGCAAAUUUCCGGUUAUCUAAAAUCUUCGAUAUAUCCCCUGCAGGUAGCACUAUUACUAUAGGUUCGUUGUGGGAGUGGAAAGGCAUCCUUAUCCGGAAUUUGGGGUUUUUCCUGGACAUGAUGACACUGCUGAUGUCCAUUGCUCAUUAUCUUCAUAUUUGGUUGCUCCAUGGCAUGGCAUUUCAUCUUGUGGAUGCUGUCCUUUUCCUGAACAUCCGGGCCCUUUUAAGUGCAUGCGUAAAACGUGCCAAAAGUUUCAUCAAAUUGCGGAUGGCUUUGGGGACCCUUCAUGGGGCACUUCCUGAUGCUACACAUGAGGAGCUCCGAGUAUAUGAUGAUGAGUGUGCUAUUUGUAGGGAACCAAUGGCGAAAGCUAAGAAGCUGUCUUGUAAUCAUCUUUUUCAUCUUGCAUGCUUGAGAUCUUGGUUAGAUCAAGGUUUAACUGAGAACUAUUCUUGCCCCACUUGUCGGAAGCCACUUUUCAUGGACCAACCCGAAAAUGGGGUAAGCCCCCGUGCAGCAGAAAUUUCAAGAGAUGAGCAGCUUGCACGUGAAAUGAGUGCUGUACUUGAGAGGCCAAAUCUUCCUGGCCAUAACCUGCCCUUUGGAGCAUUACCUAACCAGCCACAGAAUUUGGAAAAUGGUGAUCAAAGGAGGACUGGAAUUGAAUCAAGAUGGUUGGGUUUAGAUGGAGCAGGCCCAUCUGGAUUUGGUCGUGUUCAGAUGGUAAUGAGGCAACUUGCAGCCGUGGGAGAGACUGCCCUUGAAGAUGCUGCAUGGGGAUUGUUUCCUCCAAAUCCUUCUCAAGCUGGUACAUCCAGGACAGGAACUCCUCCUCCGGGUCCUCUGCGGUAUCCCGGAGGUUCUGGUGGUUUAAGUAUGAGGUCACCGUCACAUGCACUGAAUGAUGAUAUAGCAAAUAUACUCAUCAUGGCUGAAACAGUUCGGGAAGUGCUGCCCCACAUACCUGAUGAUUUAAUCUUUCAGGAUCUACAACAGACGAAUUCUGUGAUGGUCACUGUGAAUAAUCUUUUGCAGAUGUGAUUUUUAGCUAUUUUUUUGUUCCUUUCCUCCAAGUCCUUGAUAAUGGAAGGCUAUAACUGCUGCAGGCUUGCGACGCAUGAAAUCGGCUUAUUUGCACCUUGUUGUGCUUUGUAUUAUAAGCGUUCUUUUGUUCUUGUUGUGUUUAAUACUAUAAGCGUUCUUUUGUUUAUAUACAAGGGGCUUAGUAAAACCAUUUCUUCAGGGAAAAUGUGCAAAUAUCACUCUUGUAAGGAAAUAAAUACAUUCUCUUUAAAUGGAUACUUGUUAGUUAAGAUCUUA